AUGACAGAUCUAAAAUCCAUACAUCUCUUGUCAGAAUCUCUUUCAGAGAUGUAUCGACCAACCCAGCUGGUGCUGGCCGUGCUGCUCUGCUCUUCACUUUUGGUAAAUGGAGGGAAAGUAUUGGUGUUCCCUUUAGAUGGGAGCCACUGGGUCAACAUGAAAAUCCUCAUUGAGGAGCUUCACUCCAGAGGCCAUGAAAUCACAGUGAUGUGGCCAUCGAACAGCUGGUACAUCAAGGCAGAGUCAAAUCACUACAAGUCCAUCACUAUAAAUUCUCCUAUUGGCUUUGAUCCAGAAAGUUUUGGCUCCUUUAUAACCAGAAUGGUGAAGAAUCGGCUGGAAGGCGCUGCAAUUUGGACUCGUAUGUCUCUGGAGUAUGAAAUGAUGACACAGUUCUAUGAAAUGCAUAAGCAUGCGGUAGAGACGAUUGUUGAUGUGUUUGAGAACAAGAAAUUGAUGCAGAGCCUCCAUGACGCCAAAUAUGAUGUGGUUCUGACGGACCCUGCAAUAGGUGGAGGGGUGCUUCUGGCUCACCGUUUGGGUCUUCCACUUGUCUUCAAUGUGAGGUGGACUGUUCAGGGCGAAGCACAUCUUGCAAUUGCUCCUUCCCCAUUGUCUUAUGUCCCAAUCCCAGGAACAGAGCUGACUGACAAGAUGACGUUUUCCCAGCGGGUCAAGAACUUCCUUCAUUAUUUCUUCACAUGUAUUCUUGUUAAGUACAUCAUAGACCCAAUCUAUCAACCAUUUGUCGAACGUAAUUUUGGCCUCGAUGUUCACUACAUGGAGCUGUUCCAAGCAGCAGACAUCUGGUUGAUGAAGAAUGAUUUUACUUUUGAGUUCCCACGCCCCACAAUGCCCAACGUUGUUUACCUGUCAGGAUUUCACUGCAAACCCUCCAAGCCCCUCUCUAAAGAACUAGAGGAUUUUGUCCAGAGCUCUGGUGAACAUGGCAUCAUUGUUAUGACAUUGGGCACCAUGGUGGCAAAACUUCCUGAAGACAUGACUGAGGACAUUGCUGCUACCUUUGCUCAACUCCCUCAGAAGGUUAUCUGGAAGCAUAAAGGCAAAAGACCAUCGUCCCUUGGCAACAACACCUUGAUUUUGGACUGGCUGCCUCAAAACGACCUGCUGGGUCAUCCUAAGACCAGAGUGUUUGUAGCCCAUGGAGGCACCAAUGGUGUUCAGGAGGCUGUUUACCACGGUGUUCCCCUGGUCGGCCUUCCCCUCAUGUUCGACCAGCAUGACAACUUCUUCAGGAUGAAAGCAAGAGGUGUGGCCAAAGUGUUGGACAUUUCAACUCUGAACAAAGACAACUUCCUGCAGGCACUGAAGGAGGUGCUCUAUGAGCCGUCCUACAGGGAGAAGAUGAAGGCACUUUCAAACAUACAAAGAGAUCAGCCCAUGAAACCCAUGGAUCGUGCCAUGUUCUGGAUUGAGUUUGUCAUGAGACACAAAGGAGCUCCACAUCUAAGGACAGAGUCUUACAAGAUGUCCUUUAUUCAGUACCACUCAAUUGAUGUGGUGGCACUUCUGCUGGCAGUUAUUCUGCUAGUUGUGACCGUUUUCAUUGUAACAGUCAAGUUUUUGUGGCGAAUGGUGUUUUCUAGAAGCAAAGUCAAAAACGAAUGAUGAAUGUGUCGCAACAGAGUUGUGAUACUGUCCCAUUUUUACUUAAAGCUAAUAUCUUGCAAUGUUAUCGUACGUAUCAAGGAAACAACUUCUCAAAAGUUGUUGGAUGUUAGGACUUUAGUAAAGGGAUCAGUUCAUAGUUCAUACCCAAUAAUGUUUUGAAGCAUUUUUAACAAUGCAGGGUUUUUCUUUCAUUCAUAAACGAUUGAAUUUACUUGAAUUAAAUUAAAUGAGGCAAAAUACAUUUUAUAGAAAGUGCCACAAAGAGCAAUCUUUACAUCCCUACUGAUAUCAUCAAUAUACCUCCCAUGCCUGUAAAU